UAAAAAAGCACAGUCAUGGCUCCUGUACGUGCCUUCCCUUCUCUUGUCGUCCCAUUCUUUGCCUUAUUCUUCCCGGGUUCGGCGCAUUUUGCCUAACCUUUCCUUUCGUUUCACUUUCACUUUCACUUCCAACUACAUCCUAUCUGCCAUGCUUUCUCAAUUACCCUCUGUCCCGAUUGCAUUGCCCGAGUACACACCCAUCCAAAAGAAUAUGAAUCUGUUUUCCGAAACCAUUGAUUACGAGGUUCUCGAAGCCGCAUGCAUCUUGGUCAACAUCAGUCAAAGCAUUCACUUGGAAGCGGCGCACAACCAGCCAAUUGGUCCCAAUUCCCAUACUGACAUAGAUGGCCCAACAGUUCCGCGCUGGAGGCCGCAGCAACCGUUCUGGUCGCUCCCAAGCAGAUCAUGAUGUUUUUGAAGGAUUACCUGUCCGCCAAUGGCAUCACUCGGAAACCAUAGUGGGCUUACCACCACCGGCCGAGGUUGCUCAAGGUGGUGAUAACGCAUGGCCUGAACUUCCUAUGCCCCGCGAUUCGUCACAGCUAGCUCCUUGGACACAGCAAUUACUGCGUGAGGCCAGGAGACCAAGGCUCGCCAAGAGACCUCAGGAACCGACAGAAGACGACAAGCAGGAGGAAGAGGAAGAGGGCGAAGCCGUCCAAACUGGAUGGCAGUCGAAGAAAUGGAGUCAAGUACCAUCUCAACUCGAGAAACCGGAGCGCGAGUUUCUUGCCAAGCGUCGCAAGGGCCUGCCCAGUUUGCACACUCAGAUAGCACUCCAAGCUGCAAACGCUGCGGCAUCAUCAGCACCUACCAGGAAAACCAAAGUCAUGAAGUCUGACGCAGACGGCAACACCACUGUUUAUGAGGUUCUGGUUGCCGAGGGUCAGACUAUCGAGGGCGAAGUCACGGAAGAUGCUAUCAUGGCCGACGCGGCACCGGUGCAAGCGGCCCCUGGCACCGUUAUCGAAGGCGUUGGUAUCGCCAAUGCGGAAGGUGUCAUCGUUGCGACCGACCUACUCCAGCAGCAGCAGCCGAUGAGACGUAAACCUAUUCCCCCUCGCAGAAUCAGAAAGGGCGGACCUGGUCGUGGCAAGAAGAAGGUCAUGUUCAAUCCUAACGACGGCCACAAUGCUGCAGCAUCUUCAACUCCUGGAGGCAUUAGUGUUGCCACACCUUCGACUUUGAACGCAAACGCAGACGACUCAGCAAUGGACAUUGAUUCGAAUCCGAAACCAGACGCCAACGAUGAAGGAGAUGAUGAAGAUGGUGAAGACGGCGAAGAAGGCGACGAAGACGACGACCGUGAGGAUGAUGACCGCGGCGAGGACCACGAGGACGGUGAACUCAGUGAAGGAGAAGAGCCCCACGCAGAAGAGGACGAACUCGCUUCGAAACCAGAAACCAUGGAAUCCACACGCACAGAGCCUCAGGCAGAGGAGCAACUACCACCAAAAUCAAAAGAUGCUACUGCGCCACUCGCAGAAGAGCUACAAAACACUACGCCUCCAGUCAUGGAAGAAAUAGCUGCACCGGUUGUGGAGGAGACAGAGCACACAACGCUAGUUCCGAUCGCCACAGAAAUAUCGGAAAAUUUCGUGGAGCAAGCUGAGACCCAAGAGCCUGCAAUCGCCAUUGAGGAACCUGCAAUCGCCAUUGAGGAACCUGCAAUAGCCAUUGAGGAACCUGGAUUCGCCACUGAGGAGCCUUCGAUCGCCAUAAAUGAAGCCACAGAACCGCCGAUUGUGUCAAUUACAGAAGAGGUCGUUGUGCCGGAACUACCGCAGCAGAACGAGCCAGAGAGAGAGCCUUCUGAGAAGGACAUGAUUAUGGAAGACGCGCCCAACCAAGAAACCGAAGAAUCAUAGCGACCUUCAGC